AUGCCUGAACCACCUGAAUUGGGUCCUUGUGAUGUGAAGGAGCAGUGGCUCGACUCUGAGCCUUGGCCGACUGUCCACUCUCCUCACCCUAUCUACACCCUGGUACAGCGUCUGCAUCACUGCAGAGGCUGUCCCAAUCCGCCUGUCAAUCUCUCGCUCCACUUUCCCCUCACUCUUGAACAAGACCCUGAGAUAGUUAAACUUCUAGACUUAGGGAAGUGGGCAAUCCACCUUUCUCUGGCUGAGUACCAUGGCUUCAGAUUUAGAGGUGCUGAUCCUCACUCCAACCGCUUCACACUCAGCUGGUCGCUGUUUGAUGAAGCCAGUAGGACCACGCUAUCUGCAAAAUGCAGGGACAGGAUCCUCUGGUUCCUUAAACCUGACAUCCUCCACCACCCUGCUGCACCUAGAAAUCCUUUACAUGGGGUUUAUUUCCCAGGCGGACGUGUGAGCCGCACCUCAUCUGCUUAUACAAGGUCUGCAAAGAUCUUUUAUGAGCUUGCUAUUGAGGCAAACAAGAAAGGUGCCAAAGACAGCCCGAUGUUCAGGGGCUUCCCAGAUGAAGUCAUCAAAGAUCUGGCUUCUGAGCCACUGUCACAACACGCGCACAAGUGGAGUCUGGCAUUAUCUACUUACAACUCAAAUGAGAAACUGAAGAAGUUCUACAAAGUUCUUAACACAAAUACGGACGGAAAAGUUGAGUUUGUGUCCACAAUGGAAGCGUAUGAUUAUCCAAUUUAUGCAAUUCAGUGGCACCCAGAAAAAAAUGCAUUUGAAUGGACAAAGCCUGCUGUUGCACACUGUCCCUCAGCAGUCAAGACCUCAUUCCUCAUGGCAGAGUUCUUUGUUUGCGAAGCCAGGAAGAACUUCCACAGAUUUGAAACCGAGGAGGAGGAGCUGAAAGCGCUGAUAUACAACUACCCCACUGUUUACACUGCGCCGGUGUAUGGCUUUGAGCAAACCUAUUUUUUCUGCUGAUAUCCUGGAAACAUUAUAAUGUUAAUAUAACAGUGAAACACGAGUUGACACGAGUCAAAAUCAUUUGAGUUGACAGUCCAUUCAACUUGUCUCACUGACUUGUUUCAGCAUUUCCAACUGUUUCACUCUUAUUCUUUCCAAAGUCUGUAUAAAGAAAGUUGAUAUGACACAAUAGUUUUGUUUGCCGGUUGAAGUUUACCAGGAAAUAAGGAUGUCCACCAGGGUAGAUUAACCACAAGGGGGCAACACUGCUGGUUUGGAAAAAACCUAAACAAAACUAAAGUAAAAAACUACAUUUUAAUCAAAGUUCACAAGAAAGUCUACUGUCUAUCUGAUAGACACUUCUACAAACAUUCAUAGUUGAGUACAAUAUGUAGUUUUGCUGUUUUACAAUAGUAUUUAUAAGUAGUUAACUUUCUAUCAACCAUAUAAUAAUGUGAUUAUAUUUUUUGCAGUCUCCUUUUUUAUGCCUCCUGUUGCCUUUUUACCUUUAAAGACAGUAACAUAAAAACUACAUGGGAAGUUUUUAUCGUAAAAGGAGCCAUUGCAGACAAGUAGUGAUGAAAGUACUGAAGAAGUAGAAUGCACAAGGGAGCUGCUGCAAUAGGCCGCCAUGUAUGCAUGAGGCCGUUACUGAUCUUGAAUCAUGAGGCGUCCAAAAUCUUUUAAAUGACAUCACUACAGGGCCACACGG